AACAAACAAGAAGCAGCGCGGCCAUUACAGAGAAGAGUUGUUGUAAGGAGGAACCGGGUUUGUGAGGUCGGACCGUCAGAACGGGGACAUGAGAGACCCGAGACUCAGCAUGACGAUCAACACCGAGGUGGUUUUGAGCGGACAGUUCAUCUCCGACCAGGACCCGUUCGCUGAGUACAUGUGGAUGGAGAACGAGGAGGAGUUCAACCAGCAGGUGGAGGAGGAGCUGUGGGAGGAGGAGUUCAUGGAGCGUUGCUUCCAGGAGAUGCUGGAGGAGGAGGAGCAGUGGGAGUGGUUCAUCCCAUCCAGAGACCUCCCUCAGCUGCAGGUCAGAGACCUCGUGAUGAACAGCAGUCUGAACCCAAACGCCAAAGAGUUCACCCCGGGUAUCCAGAAACACGUCAUGUGACCCUUCCUGGCUCCGGCCCCUUCUCUGUGACAUCAUCAACAAGAUAUUCUGACGUAUUUUCAGCUGACGAAUUUCUGAUGUCACUGCGAUGUGUUCAAGACGAGAUGUGUUUGUUAGUUACUAAAGUCCUCCACCUGUCUGUCUGACUGUCCUCCACCCGUCUGGCCGUUUCUCUGAAUGUAAUCAGCUGAGAGUGUUUUUAUUUAUUUUUUCUUCAGAACAAACUGGUUUCAAAUCAGAUUUUUUUAUUUGCACUUCUAUUUUAUAAAACACUGUUCACAUGUAGAGGUUAGAUCCGGUCUGGUCUGUUUGUUUUGAGUGUUUUUUCCCAGCAUCCUUUGUGAGGUUUGUUUGUUUUUUUUCUAAAUGCACAUG